GAAUGUGUGUGUAUUAUCUGUGGCUGAGCAGCAGGGGGCCACGGGCAGCAGCAGUAUGCUAACAGAGGCUAGUGUUGUCACAAGGAUUCACACAUUUGAAUUCUUCCAUUGAGACUCAGUCAUGUCUCAGGUGGAGAAGAAGGCUGGGUUGCUUAGAAGGUCGUCGUCCUCUAAAAAACCCUUGAAAGAGAAGGUGGUGCUGAUGUAUGAUGAGAUUUUUGCAAAAGAGGAUCCAGCCAAAAACAACCCUCGCUUCUGGGAUGAGCUGUUUCUUAUGAAGGUGAACCUUGAGUACCUUGAGACCAAGUUGGAGAGUGUCGAUGGGGAAGAGGUUCAGCGAAUUCAAGACAACAUCAACUCCCUGUUCCACCACUGUGUUCAGGCUCUGGGUGAGGAGCACCAGAUCAAAGUGGUCAACGCCCUGCAGACUCUGUGUGCACUUUUCCGAGGGGUUCAUCAGAAGAACAAAUCGACGUCUGGCUUUGAUAUCAUCAACAUGCUCAUGGGGUUCGACAAAGCCGAGCAAAGGAUGAAAGACCUGAUGGAGAGACUGGACAGUCUUCUGUGUGGCGACGGCUCGGAGAGUCUCAAGAGCCUUUGUCUCAAACUGCUUCUGUGUCUGGUGACGGUAACAGACAAUAUCAGUCAGAACACCAUACUGGAAUAUGUGAUGAUCAACAGCAUCUUUGAAGCCAUUCUACAAAUUUUGUCUGAUGUCUCCAGUAGAGGGCAGCAUGGUUAUGAUGCUGUGGUGCUGCUGGCCCUUUUGGUCAACUACAGGAAAUAUGAGUCUGUGAAUCCAUACAUUGUGAAGCUGUCCAUCGUUGACGAUGAGCCAACACUGGAUGGAAUGGGGAUGGUUGUCCACCACGCUCUGACAGAAUAUAACAGGCAGUACAAAGAUAAGGAGGAGGAGAACCAGGGUGGUUUCUUCUCUACACUAACCAGUAUGGUGGGCAGCAUGUUUAUAGCAGACGCCGAUGAGAAACUCUCUGUGCAGACAAAUGAGGCGAUUCUGCUGGCACUGUAUGAGGCCGUGCACCUUAACCGCAACUUCAUCACUGUAUUAGCUCAGAGCCAUCCUGAGAUUGACAUCCCUACCACACCUACCACCCCUACUCCAAUGACCCCGACAUCCCCACUCGGCACAGCGCCGCCCUCCCUAGACAUGAUGAACAACCCAGAACUGCCCCUGGAUCCCAACCUGGGGACCAGCAACCUCCUCAUCACCUUCCUCAAGUAUGCCUCCAUUGUAAUGCAGGACACUAAAGAUGAGCAUAGACUCAACAGUGCCAGACUGUGCCUAAUCAUCCUCACCUGCAUAGCAGAGGACCAGUAUGCUGAUGCCUUUCUUCAUGAUGACAAUAUGAACUUCAGAGUCAAUCUCCACAGAAUGCCCAUGAGGCACAGAAAAAAACCAGUGGACAAGAACAUGCCUUCCCGGCCGCUGGUGUGUGCUGUUCUAGACCUGAUGGUGGAGUUUAUUGUCACUCAUAUGAUGAAGGAAUUCCCCAUGGAUUUAUACUUGCGCUGUGUGCAGAUCAUCCACAAACUCCUGUGCUACCAGAAGAAAUGCAGAAUCCGAUUACACUACACCUGGAGAGAGCUCUGGUCAGCUCUCAUCAACCUGCUGAAGUUCCUGCUGUCAAAUGAGACCACCCUGCUGGGCAAGCACAACAUCUUUCAUCUGGCCUUACUGGUAGUGAACCUAUUCAAUAUGUUCAUAACGUACGGUGACACGUUCCUGCCCACCUCCAACAGCUACGACGAGCUGUACUAUGAAAUCGUCCGAAUGCACCAGGUCUUCGACAACCUCUACUGUAUGGUUUUGAGGGUAUCAACCAACACGGGCCAGUGGAAAGAGCCAGCCAGCAAAGUCACGCACGCCCUUGUCAAUGUUAGGGCCAUCGUCAACCAUUUUAACCCCAAGAUUGAGUCGUACGCUGCCGUGAACCACAUCUCCCAGCUGUCAGAGGAACAGGUGCUGGAGGUGGUUAAGACCAACUAUGACACACUAACCCUCAAACUGCAGGAUGGUCUGGACCAAUUUGAGAGAUACUCGGAGCAGCCCAAAGAGGCGGCUUUCUUCAAGGAGUUGGUUCGCUCCAUCAGUCUGAAUGUGAGGAAGAAUGUCUCCUUGAACACAAUGAGUCAGGACGUCCUGCUCAAAGAGUUCUCCACCAUCUCCUGAGACACACACACACACACCCACACCCACCCCUCAGAUGGACACAGACCUUGAAUUUAAUGUGCGUGUGGACAUGUACACAUACUUCACUUGUUCUCUCCAUCCGUCAUCUCCACCUCUCACCCUCUUGUCUCCUGUAAAAGCGAACAGUGGAAACAGAGACGGACACACUGUCAGGCUGGAUGCACCUUAAUGCGUGUGUGUGUGUGUGUGUGUGUGUGUGUGUGUGAGAUCCUUUAGGGAGACCUUAUUGCACUGGAUCCUGGUGUGCAAGCUGCAGUAUUGGCCGGACUGUUAACAGACUCAUUCAGGUUGACUUUAAUAUUCAAACAAAAGUAUUUUCAACCCAGAUCAUCAUCUCUACCUUUUCAGCCACUGCUGAUGUUGUAAGUAACUCCUGCUGCCGCAGUUCAUGACUUAUUCAUCAUGUCUCCUGAAGUUAUUUCAGAUUGUGGAUUUAAGCGCAGGUGAUAAUGAGCCUUUUGAAUUGGAAUCGUACCGUACAUCCUCCUGAAUUAGAUCAUUCAUUUGUUUCCUCUGCAGAAGAAUGCUUUCUGUUUCUGCUUGAAUGUUAACAAUUGUCCACAUGUUCAAAACAGAAGUGUUUCUGAAUUAUCAUCUUUGCGGAGUGGUAGAAUAUUUGAGUUGCGGAUGCUCUGAAGUGAUUAAAACCCUUUUUAUUUAUGUUUUUGAACCAAGCCAUGAUCAACAUUCACUACUGUACAUCACACAGGUUCUUUCUGAAUUAGCUUUAACAAUUUGAUCUGAAUGUUUUGAAGUGAGUGGCCAGUCAGAUGGAAAACUAAUGUCACCAUUGUCGCUGGUGUUUCUGGUGCACGUGAAGGAAAAGAUCCUGACAUCUGUUGGAACUCCUCCUUUUAUCAUUCAGAACAGUUGAAAUGAUUUUUUGUUGUUGUUUUUAACUGGAAGUGGAUCUUAAUUAUGCAAUUUCUUUUAAGCGUAGUCUCUUCUUUCUCUUCAUCUCUAAUUCCUGUUAGUUAUUUAUGUUUCGGGUCUU